AUGAAGAAAGUUGAAGUGAAGGAUCUUUUCUAAUCAACUUUUAACUUAGUUGGUUAAUGUCAAGAAUAAGUUAAUUACGAAUGUUACUUAAAUUAGUGCAAACUCUUAAUAAAAUAAUUUGAGAAACUGAAAGAAAAUGACUAAUAAUAAUAAUUCCUAAAUAAAUCAACUUUCAAUUAUUUAAAUCAGAAAUAGUUUUAUGAUUAAGAAUUUUCAUAGAAGGAUGAUAAAACAAUUCAUCAAUUUUUAAUUAAAUACAGCAAAGAAGAUGAUUUAAAAACUUUAGAAGAGACAAUUACAAAAUUAGAAGAUUAGAACUAUUAAUUGAAUCUCAAUAAAAGUUAUUCUUUUUCUGAUUAAAUCUUAGAUCAAUACCAAAUAAGAAAAGCAUCAGAUUCAACACAAGAUUCUGAAUAAGACCAAAAUAUACGCUUUAAUUAAGAGUAAGACGCUUACUAGCAAGACUUGUUGGAUGGAUAUCUUGCACCACAAAGUUAGAGUUCUUCUAAAGAGUCUAAUUAGAAUCAUAGUAUUAUCUUAGAAAGUAUAAACGAUAUUAUCGAUUGUUUCAAUACUAUAGAAAGGAAAAAUUUGAAAUAAGGCAAUAAAUAGUUAGAAAAAAAUUCUUCAAAAAAUUCAAUUAACAGCCACUCAAAUAAAUUAAAAUAAAACUGCCUUUCUGAUGAUUAAAGAUAGUUUAAUAAUCAAGAAUAACCUUAGGAUAACAUAAGUAAUAUAAUUGAUUAAUUCUUUUAAGAUAAAUUAAAAUAAUUUUAUGAAUGUGUUAAUAAUGGUAAUUGUGGUGAUUAUGUUAAUUGUAGUUAUUGUUUUUAUUCUAGCCUUUAAAUAGCUGAUUAAUUGAUUGAAAACUUAAAAGAAAUAAAUUGCACACUUCAAUAGAAAUUAGGAAAUGGAGGCGAAUCAAUAGUUUUUAGAGGUAUUUAUAAGAAAGAGAACUCUAAUAAUUAUGAAGAAUAUGCAAUUAGGAUACAAGAUAUAGAUAAAGAAAAUAAUUCAGAUUAAGAUUUUAAUGAAAUUGAAGUGUUCAAUUUUGUAAAAAAUUCCACAAAAAUUAUAAAUUGUGUUUUUCAAAAAGUAUUUUAAAUUGGGGAUUUAAAUAUCCUUGUAUAAAUACUUGAUCUUUGCGAAACUGAUUUACAAAAAGAAAUUGUUAAUGGCAUAGAAUUUGAUGAUUUAUGCUCAAAAAUACUAGAAUUGCUAGAUGUGAUAAUUGAACUAAAAAUAUACAGAAUUACCCACUCUGAUAUAAAACCAGCAAACAUUUUAAUUAACUCAGAAAAAAAAUGUAUCAUAACAGAUUUUGGAAUAUCUAUUCUCUCUACUAAUUAAUCCUAAAAGAGUCGUGGGCAUACAUUAUAUUAUGCUGCACCAGAAUAAGAACAAAAAUAAUAUAUUGAUCAUAGUACAGACAUCUUUAACCUGGGUAAAACAUUUGAAGUGUUAAUAAAUAAGAUCAAAUAUUCCUCUGAUGAGAUUAUUCAUAAUAAUUAAAAAGAAUGCAUAAAAAAAUUAUAGAAUAUUAUUAAUUCUGAAAUGUUAGAAAAAGACUAAAAUAAACGAAGCGAAAGUUUAGUUUUACUUAAAAAAUUUUAUGAUAUAAUUAAAUAAUAUAGUGAUAGCGCAAUUGAGAGCUAUGCUAAAAACAUUAAAUAGAUUGUUAAGUAAAGAAGAUUUGAAACUACUAAAAAUAUUUUUGAACUCUAAGAAUCCAAAUUAGUGCAGCUUUUGCUUGCUCUCCAAAUAAACCUUGAAAAGAAAUAUUCUUAAUUUAAUUUGAUGAAUUCAGAUUUACUCUAAACCAUAGAUUUCAUUAUUCAAGAAUUUGACUUGACCAGUUAAUUAGAGCUUAAAUCUUAGUUUACUAAAUUUUUUGUUUUCCUUCAUUCUAUUUUUAUUUGUUAGAUUUUCAAAUCUAUAGAAAAGGGUUAAAGCUAUGAUGCAAUAUAUCAAUACUUUAGUUGCUUUCAGAGUAUUUGUAAAUCACUCUAUGACAUAGGAAUCUGUUUGCUCUCAGAAGGCCACUACAGUCAAGCUGUGAAUUAUUUCUAAAUAUCCUACGAAAUAUAUGGCAAAAUAUUACCUGAAUCGAAUAGAGAUCAAGUGAAUAUAGCUAAUACUGUAAAUAAAAUAGGAGAUUGUUACUUUAAGCUAGGACAAUUUGAUAAAUGCUUAUAAUAUUAUAACUAAUCGCACGAAAUAAGAACAUCUUUUUCAAAUAAAGAAAGCGAAGAUAUAUAUUUAUCUCUUUCAAGUUUAGGAUAAUAUUAUAAUUAAAUAGGAGAUUAGUAGAAAGCUUAAAAUUACCUUAAUGAAUCAUUAGAAAUUUAAAAGAAAUUGUUAGAAAGAGAAACACACCCUGAGACAGCUUAGUCAGUUUUUCAUACAGCAUCUUGCUUGUUUUAAUUAGGAAAGUAUGAAUAGGCUCUAGAGAGGUAUUUAUAAUGUCUAGAAAUGAGAUUAUAGGUAUUUUUUAAUGACCAUAGCGAAGUUGCAACUUCUCUUUGCUAAAUCGGAGUAUGCCUUUUUAGAUUAACUAAAACGGAAGAAGCUAAGAAGUACCUAAUUGAAUCACUUGAAAUGAGAUAGAGAUUAUUUAAAGGAGACCAUACUGAUACUGCAUAGUCUUUAAUGCAAUUAGGUUCUUACUUUAUGUUUUUAGCAAAUUUAUAAAAAGGUUAUGAAUAUCACACGCUUUCAUUAGAAAUGAAAAAAAGGCUUUAUGGAGAUCUUAAUCAUCCUGAUGUAGCAGAAUCUAUGCAGUACCUAGCUACAUGUAAUAGAGCAUUAGGAAAUCUCUAAUAAUCUUUAGCUCUUGAUUACUUAUCUUUAUAUAAAAGGUAAUCUAUAUAUAGAGGUAAUCACAUUGAUAAGGCUAACUCUCUACAUGCUGUUGGAUCAGGUUUAAUGUUUUAAGGAAAAAUAAAAAUGGCAAUAAAUUACUUUAAAAUGUCAAUAAAAAUGAAAGAAAGUAUAUAAUCUAACUAAAAUAAUCUCUCUCUCUCUAUAAAUAACCUAGGAUUAUGCUACUCUUAUUAAGGUAAAUAUUAAUUAGCACUAGAACAUAGUUAAAAGGCAUUGGAAAUUUAAUAAAAAUAAUUCAAAGCACAUCCAACUAUAGUAUUAUUCCUUUUGGAUGUUGCUAGAAGCUAUUUUUACCUUGGAAAUUUUAAAUAAGCUAUUAAUUACUCAAAUAAUUCUCUUAUAAUGUUAGAUUAAUUAAUUAAAUUUCACUACAAAGGCUUUUUACCAUAAUGGGUAAAACCUGAGAGAGCAUUAAUUCUCUUGAAUUUAAGCUCUUAUCAUUAUGCAGACAAAGAUAUAGCUCAAGGUAACUUUUAUCUUAAAGAAGCGAUGAAAUUUUAUGAGCAAGUGUUUGAGUCUGAUUAACUCAACCCAUAACAAAUAUAGGCUUUAAAACUUUAAAAAUGCUAUUCUGAUCUUAAGAAUUCUGGAUAAUAUAAUAGCAAUAAUGUCUAUUUAUUAGAUAAGAUCUCACUUAUUCUUAUUAGAUUGAAUAUAUCAAAUUUGAAGCAGAAAUAAAAAUGA